AUGUCGGAUACUACCAACCCGGAAGAGGUUUUGGAGACUGAAGCGGAAAUGUCUUCGUGGAGCUCAGCUUUCGACUUUUUAGCUGAGCCGGCUCAGACGAACCGACAAAACAAAAAGAAGAAAAAGAAGGAUGGACGGGACCGGCGAGCCCGCAAGAAGCCCUCUAAGAAGGCCGGCAAGAAGCUCGUGAGGAGCUCGGAUUCUGCAGAGAUUGCUGAGUUUAAUAUACAGCAGCAGGCGAGCAGCUCUAAUGAGCCUGCUACGAACAUCGUGCCAAUGGCUGAAUCAGGCAUGCAGACGGCCCCUGAGGAACUCCAGACUUCUGGAGAGUUCACAUUCGUUGCGGUGUGGCGGCCAGGACCUCCCCCACCGCGAAUUGGCAAGACACGUGCUGUUGCGAAGAUGUUAGUUCGCGCGGGCCUACGAGCAGAAACCGUGAUCGCAGACGCGACCGGGAAUCAAGAUCGGUGGGAGCGCGAGCUGCUGCGCCUUUUCCCCUGCCAUUGCCUCAGCUGCCGGCAGCAGCGCCGGGAUACGAAUGGAGGCAAGUACCAGUGGUGCCCGGUGCAGCCACCUUUGCCGCCUCCCUCGACACCUGCCCCGAUUGCCCCUGUUGUGCCUGUACCUCAGCAGCAGACUACUUGGAAUCGCCAGCCCUGGGUCGAAGUGGCCGCGGCCGACGCCCGUCGGGCUGCCAAAGAGGCUGAUCAGGACGAGGCGGACGACGAAACGUCGUACCUCGCAUCUCUGUGGAAGUCGGCGGAGGAUGAAGCACGCGCAGACCCCACUCGACCAUUGUCAGCUCGGGAACUGGCAGAGCAAGGAAAACUGCAGUGGUGGUGGAAGAUGCCUUGGAAGGCCGUCGUCGAAAAGUUCCCCGACACGGCUGCCUACAAGGAAUUCUUGGAAGGACUUGAAGGUCCAAUACCGGGGCAGAAUCCUGUGGCGGGCGUCGUCGGACCCGAUGCUCACAUGUUUCGGGUGCCUGGGCAACGAAUUUUGAUCUUAUCCUGCGAAUUGCGCGGGCCAAGCUAUAUCCGCAAUCCGAACUCGGAACACUCUGCUAUCAUGGCUCAUGGUACCUCUUUCCCAUCUUUAGUCGGCGUGGCGGAGAUAGGGGAGAUCGCGGUGAACGAUUAUCGCGAUCAGGGAAUUCCCUGCUUCGGCUUUUCGGCACGAGGUUCAUUGGUCGCACUGUCGCGAGACGCACUGGAAAGUGCAGCGACAAAAUGCGCGAGUCGGGCUAAAGCCCUGGGUGGUGCGAUUAUCCUCGUAGAGUGCGAGUUGCCACGGAGCACCCCCUCUGUGGAGGGGGGGAACGAAAUGAUGCAGAUCUGUUGCCGGGACGCUGGCUCGGCGGCUUUCCCUCAGGGCUUGAACUUGCCUUAUCAGGGAGUGGUCCCGGCGUCGUCUGUUCCUCAGACGGCAGCGCAGCCUUCAGAUUCCGGGAAUCCGGCGUACCGCCGGGUCCUCACAUUACUUCAUGCCUUUUCGAGUUUCUUUGACCUGUGUACUUUGAUGGCGGAUGACGAGGAGGUGUCCGAAGUUCUCCAGUUGCACGCGAUCUGUUGUGAUCGCGAUAUUUCUGUCAUUGAUAGAUGCGGGGCGGCACAUUUCCUUGCUAUGCUCUACGCGAGGGCGCGAGCAUCGGACAUCCGGUGUGUCAAAAGUAUCUUGAUAGACGUGCACAACGAGGUGGCUGAGGUAUCUACUGCCACGUCCCUCGACGGAGCAGGCCGUCAGUUCGCACUCAUUGAAGGCCAUCACGCGGAUGCAGCGACUGGCAGUGAUGCAGUUUAUGGGCGUGAGUUGCAGAGCGCGGCACUACGUGAGUACGUUGUCGUACUGGAUGCAGUGGCGACGGGUAAGUUCCUGCCGGACCAGACUCGUUCGGGUCAUUUCUCAUCUGGUUGGACUCGGGAGUCCAUCCUGCAGGCGGCUGCUUUUCCACAGGACUCGGAAGUCCUGCAGGCGGCGGUGGAAGAUGACCAAGAUGAGGCUUUGGCUGUGGUUUCUGAUGUUUCAGACUCUGAUGAAGAAGCCCCGGAGGAACAAUCUUUCUGGGCUCAUCCGACUAGCCAGGUCCUGCGUCGCACGACUUUGGGGUCGGCAAUGUUUUUGUGUGGCCGAGCUUUUGGCGAUCAUUAUCGACGCAUUCCUAUGGCUCGGGCGCAAGCGCACCCGCAAUGUGCCAAGUGUUUCCCACGGUACUUAGCCAUGACGAGUUCCGUAGAUUCGGCGCCUUUCUUUGUGCACCGAGCGGAUGAAAUCUCGCUUGCCAAGCGAGUAGUGGAUGCCUUGAAAGGUAAAGGGGUCACCACUUUGGCCCAGCUGGCCUUUUGUGUCGGACAACCGGGACAGGUGCUAUCUCAGACUGAGUUUGACACGUGGAGCGAGGCCAUGUUGGUAGGCAUCACGGUGGGCGAGAAGGCGUCUCUGAGGCGCCUGAUCUUGGAAGCUCAGACCAUGCUAGUGGCUUCUUUGAAGGAUCUGGCAGAACCUGCUGAACACGCUUCCCCUAAAAAGGUGGGGGUAGCCGAGCGGAAUGCUCGCAUGGAUCAGCUUCGGACUCAGCUCGCCGGAGUUUCGCUCACUGGACAGCUUGAGCCGAGUCAUGCAUUACUUGACAUGGCCGUUCAGCAGUGGGAGAGUCGCUGCCUGAAGUACAUUGGUCCGGAGAAGUGUCAUAGCCGCGAGGAUGAGGUUCAGAACGUUAAGCCUUUGACCACCAGUCUUUCCUUGGAAGGCGGUAAGCUGAAGGUUACGGAGGCUGCUGGUAUGGAUGAUCGUGACAUUGAGGGCUCUUUGCAGGUCCUUAAUGCCCUGCGCCGCAGAGGAGUGGCUUACGCAUUUGCUCGCUUGAUCAGUUGGGAAAGACAUGAAGCUUAUGUUUCUUCCUUGUUCAGGUAUUUGACCAAGCCCGCUCAGCCUGGUUACAGGAAGGUGUCUCUUCGUCAGAUCUUGCGGGCUGACAAGCUUGCCUUCUCCAAGUUGUCGGAGGCUGGUGAGGAUAUCCGGGCAGAUGCUUCAGGCACUCUCCCGCUCGAUGCCGCGAUCGGGGCUAUCCUGCACGAUUACGACCUAAUUGUAGCUCUCCUGCCUAUGGGGGAUUUGGAUGGUAAGGGCAAGAAUGCUAAUGGCCGCGGUGGGCGCCCGGGUCCUUACAGCGAUAAUGCGCCCUGGAAGGGGAAGAAUGGCAAAGGUAAAGGCGGUUGGAACACCAAGGAAGCUGUGACUAGCGGCUCCGCCGCCUUGCACCGCCGCCUUGGCGUCGGACGUGGAGAUGACACCUUCGGAAGAACCCGUUUCCGGUGCCGUCUCUGUUCACCGCCUGUUGGAGUGGGAGUGGACCCUGCUUCAGAGAUGGUAGAUGUCGACGAUUCUCCGAUUUUUGUAGAACCUACAGUUUUGGAUCCCCCUACGAUGCCGAGCGCUUCUUCUGAGCCUUUUGCCUUGGAGCGCACAGAGAGCGAGGGGGCGCUCCCCUCACCUCCCGUGGCAUCGGAGGACUUUUCUCCGGCACCGCCUACUCAGGAGCCGGCCAGAGCCGUUUUGCAGUGCUUUGCAGGUCAAGCUCGUGUGGCUUCGGCCUUGAUUAAGCAGGGCUAUUUUUCCUAUGGAGUGGAUCGAUUCAAGCAGAAGGCGGCCAUGGCCCCAGUGCUUCAGAUGGACUUGUCGACGCGGGAGGCGUGUGACUCUGUCUUAACAUGGCUUGACAACCGGAAGAUCGCGGGUGUUAUGAUAUGUAUUCCUAAACACGCCUCGGAGCCUGUUACUACGGCUUUCGUCCUGGCAGUGAUGGCAGGGUGCUUGAGCAACAACCUGCCCAUGGUUCUUGAGGGUUCGGUGUCUUCUCCCUUUUGGGAGAGUUUCAAUCGUUUACCAUCAGCACAGCACCCUCCGCAUAGGGUGGAGGUGGAUUGGCAGCUUUGGGACUCACAUAGCAAGCAGCGCAGCCUCGUGUGGUCCAAUUUGCCCGAAAUCCUCACUGUGCGCAGGGAGGCGGCACCUAUGGGACGUAAGGUGCAGCAGCGAUCGGAGGCGCAGACAGGUUAUCCGCCGGCUUUUGCCACGGCGAUAGCUGAGGUAUUCAUUGCAGGCCUGACUCAGCGACAGCUGCCAUGCCGCAGCCCGGCCUUAGCUAACAAAUCGCUGCGAGUUUCGGCUAUGAAUCAGCCACGUGGGGCGAUGCCGGAAGUGGUGUCUGAGUGGAAGUUGGUGGUUUAUGUCCUUCUGCCACCGCAGGUUGAGGACCCGUUUGGCGGGUCGAAACGCCUCAAACAGGACUGGCGAGUCCCGCACGGCGCCCGCGUGUUGCCGGAGCUCAAGCUGCUCCCGCAGGAUUCCCAGCUUCUGUCGCGUACUCAGUCAGGGGGGCAAUUGAGCCCGCAACUUCAGCAGGAAAUGCAAAACUUGAAUGGAGCCUCAGUUUUGCGAGUGGGCAUCCCAUGGGAUCCCAUUGAAUUUAUUGCUAAAGCAGGUAAGAUUGGACACCCAUACCACAAGUUAUCCAAGUGCAACAAGGAUCUCAGAGAUCUCGUUCAUGACUUAGUACACAAACCGGGACCGGUUCGUUCUCAGAGGAAGAAUUACAUCGAGAAGUGGGCCAGAAGAGCCAAAGAGUUGGAACCAGAGGAAACCAAGCUGAAAGCUGGCAUGUCGGAUCACCGAAGGAAGAUCCUUCAACCCAAACGUAUCUUGCUAUUUGAAGAGAUGCUGCGAGACAUUGGGUAUGACGAUAUGGGUGUGGUUCAGGAGCUCAUCGACGGAGCCACGCUGACGGGGGACAUUCCUAUCACUGGGGUGCUGGAUACCAAGCUCAAGCCUGCUAGGUUGGAUACUGAACAACUUAUAGGGAUGUCUGAUGAAAUCAGACAGCAAAUCCGGGUGAAGACUGGGUCGUCGGGUGAUAAGGAAAUCGACCAGCUGUUGUGGGAUAAGACGAUGGAAGAGGUACAGAGUGGAUACCUCUCAGGACCUUACGAUUUCGAGUCAUUGCCGAAAAGAUGUUUGGUCAGCUCCCGUUUCCCGUUGCUACAAGGGGAGAAGCUGCGACCAAUUGACAACUACUCAUCGAGUUUGAUUAACGACACGGUCACAGUUUCUGAAAAGCCUAUCACGCACUCUAUCGAUGAAAUUGCAUUGCUGAUAAAUACGCUUUCGAGUGCUGCCCGAAAGAAGAACCUGAACGCAUUGUACGGGAAAACGGCGGAUCUGAAGGGAGCUUACAGACAAUUGGCGGUAUCUGAUACAAGCUUAGAUUUUUCUUACCUCUCGGUCUACGACCCGGCAGAGGAGAAGCCCAAGUUGUUCCAACAACUAGCUGUGCCCUUCGGCUCAACCAAGGCCGUGUAUUUUUUCCUCAGAGUGGCGAGAGCUCUUUGGACUAUCUUGGUCAAAGGGGCCAGAAUCCCGACCACGAAUUAUUUCGACGAUUUUGUUCUGCUCGCUCUUGGAGGAGAUAGGAGUUCGUGUUCGCAUGCUUUCGAUGAAGUUAUGAGGCUGCCAGGUUGGAAGCUGUCAGCUGAUAAGACGACAGAGUGGGACACCAGCUUCGAGGCCCUUGGCGUCCUUUUCGAGCUUGACCAGACAGGGUCGGGAGUUCUGAAGGUCAGGAACACUGAGAAACGACGAAAGGAACUUACUGCUGCGAUCAAAGGUUUCCUGGACAAGGGAACCAUGACUCAGAAGGAAGCGCUACAACUGCGGGGUAGGGUGCAGUUUGCUCAAGCCCAGUUUUUCGGUAGGCUGGGAAGAAGGUGCCUUACAGAGGUGACAAAGCAUGCCUACACUGGCAGGUCGAAGCUUUCGUCGAUGGCCAAGGAACGACUUGAAGAGUUUGGUAAGUUCCUUGACAUGGCCCAACCGAGGUUAGUGGGACAAGUUUCAUGCAGGACUUUUAUGAUCCUGACUGAUGCGGCGUUUGAAACGGAGUCAGGAACUGGAGGCCUGGGGGGCGUCCUUCUCACCGGGUCAGGCUCGGCACUCUCUUUCUUCAGCGUGCCGAUCUCAGAGCAGCAAGCCAAGUCUAUGUCGUUGCAAGAUGAGCAUACUAUCAUAUAUGAGCUCGAAAUGUUCGGGGUCUUGAUCGGUCUCAAGCUCUUGGUCGAAAAGACAGCUGCUUUCGCAGAGUCAUACGAGCAGCCAGGUGCUGUUGCUGGAACUGGAGUGAUUUGUUAUAUCGAUAAUGAUGCUGCGAGACAUGCAUACAUCGUCGGCUCUUCGAAGAAAGGGGUUGCUGGGAUUCUUAUCGAUGAAGUCAAUUUCCUGGAGUAUGUCCACGGCAUCUUGCCGUGGUAUGCGAGAGUGGCAUCACCCGCCAAUCUGGCUGAUGAACCAUCGAGGAUGAAACUUGAUAGAGUCAAGAGGCUAGGAUUCAGAGACGAGUCCGUCGAGGCGACCAAAGCGGUGUUAUCAAUUGUGAAGAGAGUUUCGAAUCUGCCUGCUUAA